UCGAGACACCCGUACACGCAAGCCCCGAGGAAACCGCCCCAGCCCCAGGGCCUCGGUGUGCCGCGAGCCCGGGCCGGCCCGAGCUCCCUCCCGCCCGAGAAGCCUCCGCACUGAGCUUCCCGGUGUGGCCGGACUGGCGCAGGGGCCCAGCCACGGUCUCCUUCGAGGCGGAUCCCCGCCUGGCGGUUCUGCCUUGGCAGCAGCUUGCUCCGCCCAGCUUGGGAGUUUUACUUCCGCGGCCCACCCGUUCCUUGAGGACUGUCGAAUUCAUCGCUGGCUGUUAACUGUUUAUGAAUAUAUGCCCUUGUUGGACAGAAGGUCACGAUGUCUAGGCUGAUUUCUGCAGGUGCACGUUACCUGAAGCACAGACUCUUUCACAUGAAUGUGUGUGAUUCAUCUCUAAUUUCAGUGAAUGGGAAGUGUGUUUUAUCAUGUUUAAGGACAUUCCCAUUUUAUAAACAUCCUUUGUCAUCGCUGUCCACACUUUGUUCAUUGAUGGAUGAAAAGAAUAUUGUUCUUCUGGGUGCUCCUGGUGCAGGGAAGACAACGGUAGGGGUCAUUCUUGGUCAGUUGACUGGCCUUCCUAUGAUAGAUAUUGCUGAAUUACUUGAAAACACUUGGCAUAUGAGUGUGACUCAGAAGCUUCAGGAGAUUGGUGAUGAACUAUUUUUGCAAGAGGAGGGUGAAAUUCUUAAGAGAUUUUCAAUAACUAGAAGCAUUAUUGCUCUUACUGGGUCCAAUCCAAUGCACCCUCAGAGCAUGUACCACAUAAAGAAGAAUGGGAUCGUUGUUUACCUUGAUGUGCCUCUUAAAGAUUUACUUGAAAGACUUGAAGGGAUGAAGAUAGAUCACAUUGUUGGGCUGAGGCCUGGUGUUCCAAUGCAAGAAAUUCUUCAAAGCAGACAACAAUUUUACCACAUGUGGUAUGACAUACGGGUCCUAUGUCAGUUUGGUGACUCAGCAGAAACAGUUGCUGAGAAGGUUCUUGAUGGUUUGAAGAGGCAUCAAGGCUCUGAGAUGUUUAUUUCCACAAGAAGUACAGCUAAAAGCCCUGAGUUAAUGAAAGAUCCCAGCUCCUUCACUGAUGUUCUUAUUGAAGGCUUGGCUUUAGAUGGAGGUCUCUAUGUCCCUGCGGACUCCCUUCCAGAAAUGACUGUUGGGGAGUGGCAAAGGCUGGUUGAAGCACCUUACACUGAACGGGCCCAGGUCCUCCUUGAAAGGAGUGUGCACCCUGAUGAUGUGCCAGCUGUCAAACUGCGAGAGAUGGUGAAGAGAGCAUACGGACAGAACUUUGCAUGUAACCGCAUAGCACCAAUCAGACAUUUGACUGACAAUCAGUUUCUUCUUGAAUUGUUCCAUGGGCCCACGGCAUCCUUCAAAGAUUUUGCUUUGCAGUUGUUGCCACAACUAUUUGCAUAUUGCAUGCCUAGAACUUGCAGUUAUCUGAUUCUAAUGACUACAUCUGGGGAUACAGGGAGUGCUGUUCUGGAUGGUAUCAGUUGCCUCAGUGAUAAUGACAAGCAGAGAAUCUCAGUUCUCAUAUUCUUUCCUGAAGAAGGAAUUAGUCAGAUUCAGAAGGAACAGAUGAUUAGUUACGAAGGAAAAAAUGUGAAGACUGUAGGUGUCAAGUCAAACUUUGAUUUCUGUCAGACAGCCAUAAAACAAAUAUUCACAAAUCCCGAUUACACUGGCUUCCUGACAGUUGAAUAUGGGUCAGCUCUAAGCACUGCAAACUCAAUAAACUGGGCUUGUCUACUGCUACAGGUAAUCUACCAUGCCUCUGCCUAUCUUGAUCUAAUUAAGCAAGGCAUAAUUACUUUUGGAGAUCCAGUUGAUGUUUGCAUUCCCACGGGAAAUUUUGGCAAUAUAUUGGCAGCGGUAUAUGCAAAAUGUAUGGGGAUUCCAAUUCGAAAAUUCAUCUGUGCUUCAAAUCAAAAUAAUGCCCUGACUGAUUUCAUAAGAACAGGCAAAUAUGAUUUGAGGUAUAGAAUUGUAACAGCUUCCUUGUCUCCAGGAUUAGAUGUUCUCAGGUCCUCCAAUGUUGAGAGAUAUUUACACCUUGUUGCACAUGGUGAUGGGCAGCUGGUGAGGGAGUUGUUUUCCCAGUUGGAUGAAAGCAAACAUUUUCAGGUGCCAAAUACUUUGCUGAAGAGAAUUCAACAUAACUUUGUGUCAGAUUGGUGUUCAGAGAAGGAGUGCUUGGCUGCUAUAUACUCUGUGCAUAAGUCCACCGGAUACAUUCUGGACCCACACACGGCCGUGGCAAAAGUUGUAGCAGAUCGUCAGCAAGACUGGAGCUGUCCAGUUAUUAUUUCAUCAACAGCUCAUCCUUGUAAGUUCACAGCUGGUGUGUUACAGGCUUUGAGAGUUAAGGAAAUUAGUCAGCAUCCAUCUGAUCAGCUGCAGAUGUUGAACUCCCUAAACUCCUUGCCUUCUGUUCACAAAGCUGUGCUGGAGAGAAUUGGCAAGAGUCAGGCCCAAAAAAAAGAAGCCUGCCCAGCAGAUCCAAGUGCAAUUAUGGAUACUAUAGAAAAUUUUAUUCAACAGAAAUUCAUGAGAGUUGUUUAAAUUGUAUGGGCCUUGAUUUUCACCUGUAAACUCUUGAUUAUGAUCCAAGUUUGAGGAAUGAAUUUGAAAACCACUUCUAUGUUUUCUGCU